AUGGCUGCCUAUAUUCCCCGUGCAGAGCCUCCUGUUGAGGAUGUUCACGCUGAUUCGCGUUCAGUAUCGGACGAGUCCGACUCUAGCAACGAGGAGGGCUGGGAGGAUGUUGAGGCCGAUGACGAGACACAGCCUGUUGUCGAUCUCUUCUCAGCUGAGGUCUUCCCUGAUGUGCGCUCUUUGCUUAAGCAGUGCAAGGAGAAGCACCAGUUCGACCUGUUGAAGAUUCAAAAGGAUCUUGACUUGGAUUUCUUGGACACCAUCAAGCUGGUCAACUACGUUCGUUCCGAAGUCAAGGCCGGAAACCGUACCCCCGAUGUCAGCUCCAAGUCCAAAUUCGAGGACGACUUGUACUUGAAGCCGGUGCUGGAGGAUGAUGCACUUCUGUACAGUCUGGAUGACAUCGCCGAGGAGGAGGGCGAAGAGACAGUUCCUGGAACUGAGGCAGAGCGCCGUGUUCAGGAGCUUCAGGAGGACCUCGAAAGACUCCAGAAUCAGUUCUCCGAAUACAGGCUCGCUGUGCAGAAGUCUAUGGAAGACCAAUUGAACAAGGAGGAUGAGUCUCUUGGCGCGAGUGCUCCCGCUGGCAAGGCCUCCGGAUCUAAGGCCCAGGAGGUUGACGAAGACUAUUUUGCAUCUUACGCUUACAACGGAAUCCACGAGUCCAUGCUGAAGGAUGCUAUUCGCACUGAUGCUUACCGUGAUUUCGUCUACGAGAACAAGCAUCUUUUCAAGGACAAGGUUGUUCUGGAUGUUGGCUGUGGAACUGGCAUCUUGUCCAUGUUCUGUGCCAAGGCUGGCGCAAAGAAGGUCAUCUCAGUUGACAACUCAAACAUCAUUGACCGUGCUAAGGAGAUCGUCUUCGACAAUGAGUUCGGAGAUGUUAUCACCUUGGUUCGUGGCAAGAUUGAGGAGGUCACUUUGCCUGUCGACAAGGUCGACAUCAUCAUCUCCGAAUGGAUGGGUUAUGCCCUGCUUUUCGAGUGCAUGUUUGACUCUGUCAUCUACGCACGAGACCGCUACCUCGCUCCCGGUGGCUUGAUGGUUCCUUCCCACGCGACCCUGCGUAUUGCUCCUUACGCUGACCCAGACUUCAUGGCUUCGCACAUCUCUUUCUGGGAGAACGUUUAUGGUUUCAAGAUGACCAGCAUGCUGUUGAAGAUUUAUGAUGAAGCCCUUGUCCGUAGCAUUCCGUCUUCCACUAUUGCCGCAGACUCAUCGAUCUUCUUGCCAUUGCCUCUUCACAGCAUUACCGUUGAUGAGCUGAGCUUCUUGAAGGAGUUCCAGGUCACUCUCAACCAAGACAUCGAUGCUCUCGAUGGUUGGGCGAUCUGGUUCGAUAUCUUCUUCAUGCCUUCAAAGGACUCUCCCAUUCCCGAAAACGCUGUUCCCGCCGACAUGCAAAAGAAGGGAUUCGUCGCAUUCACUACCGGACCCGAUGGCACCGAGACUCACUGGCAGCAGACUAUUGCCUUGAUUGACCACGGAAAGCACAAGGCCCAGCCUUUGAAGAAGGGCGAGGUCAUUUCUGGUAAGAUCGGCUACCAGAAGCGGGACCAGGAGGGCUCUCGUGGUUUGAACAUCGACAUUCAGUGGCAAGGUCAAACUGCCAAGGGCGACCAGAAGUGGUCCCUUCAGUAA